UAAAAGUGGGAGUCCACUAAUGGUACGUACUAAUUCAACUAGGGCUGCACAUAUACGUAUAUGGCAUCUGUAAAUGAGUACUCGAUGCAAUUAAAUCACCUGUGCAUCAGCGCCACUAUCAGCGAUUAUUAAGAAGAUAUCUGAAAAAAAGAGAAAUCACCAGCUCCAUUAAUAUCUCCUCAAUUUAAAAUUUUGACUUUGAAUAAUUACAUUUGUGGUAGGUAAAGUGCUGUUGAAAUCAUGGGAGACUGAAAGUAAUUGUUGUCAUCAACAACUAGUUCCAAUCAGAGCUGGUUUAGUACGACCGGUUAUCGGUGGACGUCAUCAGCCCUUCGAUUUAUUUGCGAUAAUUUUAGCAACAGCCACAACAACAACAACGACAUCAUCAACAACAACUAUUAGUACCAUUUCAACUACAGUGACAACAGCUACAACAACUACAGUAACAACAACAACUACGACGACGUCGACCACAACUGCCACAACAGCGACAACGACAACAACAACAACGACGACAACAACUACAAGCAAUCAAACAUCUUGUCCAUUUCCAUGUACAUGUGCAGGCAUUGCGUCAUACACGUUGUGGCAAGCUUACUCCACUUACUCAAUGUAUAUGAUUAUAGAUACAACCAACUGUAAUUUUAAUCAAGCACCUCUUUACUUCACUAGUAUGGCUGGGCUCGGUUCGCAGUAUGGCUUAACUAGUUACGGCGCUAUUUAUUCAGCGUCAAGUACAUCUUUUACAAUAUAUUCUCAGAAUCUCUUUAAUUGGACUGCUUCAACAUUAUUGAAUAUGGCUGCAACUAAUGCAUGGAAUGUGAUUUGGUUUGGUUUGUACUACUAA